GCGUGAGUAAACUCCGCCCCCUGCCUGCUAGUGCGAUGCAGUAACCUUUGCUGUCUGCAAGUCCCUGGACUUACUUGACUUCGAGCCCAGAGGAACUCUCCACUUACUAGGGAACAUCCACUAUGGCCAAGCGUGUAGCUGUGAUUGGAGCGGGGAGCUCGGGCCUGGCGGCCAUCAAGUGCUGCCUGGAUGAGGGCCUGGAGCCGGUCUGCUUCGAGAGCAGUGACGACAUCGGGGGACUCUGGAGGUUUAAGGCGUCUCCGGAGCCGGACCGGGCGAGUAUCUACCACUCCGUCAUCAUCAACACGUCUAAGGAGAUGAUGUGUUAUAGUGACUUCCCGAUCCCCGCCCACUACCCCAACUUCAUGCACAACUCUUACAUCAUGGACUACUUCAACCUCUACGCUGACCACUUCAAACUGCGCCCGUACAUCCACUUCCAGACGCGGGUGUUGAGUGUGAAGCCGAGACCUGACUUCUCGCGCUCCGGCCAAUGGGACGUGGAGACUGAGGAUCGGGACGGCAGCAAGGAGAGCCAGGUGUUUGAUGCCAUCAUGGUCUGCGUCGGACAUCACUGCCACCCGCGCAUGCCCGUAUCCGACUUCCCAGGCAUGGAGACGUUUAAGGGAAAAUACUUCCACAGCCGCGACUACAAGACGCCUGAUGAGUGGCGAGGGAAGAGGGCGGUCGUCAUCGGCAUCGGGAACUCCGGAGGAGACAUCGCUGUGGAGCUCAGCAGAGUCACCAAACAGUGUUUCCUGAGCACCCGUCGCGGUGCGUGGGUUUUGAACCGCGUGGGGGAUAACGGCAUGCCGCUGGACAUGGUCUUCACCCGGACGACGCGGCUCCUGCAGAAGGUGCUGCCAUUCGAGUUCUUCUGUGACCUCGUGGAGAAGCAGCUGAACAAACGCUUUGACCACGCCAUGUAUGGCCUGCAGCCACGACACAGGUUUUACAGUCAGCACCCGACCCUUAACGAUGAGCUGCCCAAUCGCAUCCUCUCCGGCACGGUGCAGGUCAAACCCAACAUCAAGGAGGUGCGUGGUUCCAGCGUCGUGUUUGAUAACGGCGCGGUGGAGCACGAUAUCGACCUGAUCGUGUUCGCGACGGGCUACAGCUUCUCCUUCCCCUUCCUGCCACCGCACGUGCUCUCCGUCUCCGACAACAAGACCUCGCUCUACAAGUACAUCUACCCGCCGGGGUUAGAGCGCCCCACGCUGGCCGUCAUCGGACUCAUCCAGCCGCUGGGAGCCAUCAUGCCCAUCUCGGAGAUGCAGUCGCGCUGGGCCACACGCGUCUUCAAAGGUCUGAAUAAGCUGCCGCCCAUGACUGACAUGAUGAAGGAUAUCAAAUGCAAAGAGGAGGACAUGGCAAAGAGGUACGUGACGUCCAAGCGUCACACCAUCCAGGUGGACUACGUACCCUACAUGGACGAGCUGGCCGAGCAGAUCGGCGUGCAGCCGCGCUUCCUGUCGCUGCUCCUGCGCGACCCGGGCCUGUGGCUCCGCACCGCGCUGGGACCCUGCACCCCGUACCAGUUCCGCCUGUUCGGACCCGGGCGCUGGGAGGGGGCCCGCCAGGCCAUCUACACGCAGUACGAGCGCGUGGUCCAGCCCCUGAAGACUCGCCCCGUCCCGGCCAAGGAGACCCGGCGCCGCCCCUACAGCGCGUACCUGCUGCCGCUCACCGCCACCGCCGCCGCCGCGCUCAUCAUGGCCGCCACCUGGGGACGGGAGAGCUCCCAGGAGUAUCUCCAGUAUCCCAUCAUGCUCCUGGAGAGGAUGAGGGCACAGCUGCCACCACUGCCCACCGCAUCAUAGAGGAUGAGGGCACACCUGCCCUGCCUCUGCCCACCACAUAGAGCAGGGGUGUCAAACUCAAAUUGACUGAGGGCCAAAAUCAAAAUCUGGAACAAAGUCGCGGGCCGAACUCCACAAUUGACAAUUUUUUUUUUGGACUAAAACUGUGCAUGCAUGCACUUCAUACUCAUAGUUAAAUUUCACAUACACUCUUUCUCAUCAUAUUUCUUCUAGGCUACAUUAAUGGUGUAUGUAGGCCUACUGUAAUAGACGUUUGAAAUGAUCUCGCGGGCCGAAUAAAAUGGCUCUGCGGGCCAAUUAUGGAUCGAAUUGGCAGUGAUCGAAACAGUUUAGCUGUAAAUGACUGGGGUUCUUCUUUAAAGAUGCACUGUGUAGGAUGGUGGGCAGAGUUAUGGUAAGGGUUAUGCUUCUUAUUGAAGCUGUGCUGCCUAUUGCCAAAGUUCAUAUUUUCAUGAAUGUUUACUAAAUAAUAAGCAUGUUUUGCAGCAAAGAAACGUCUGUUUCUGGACAUUUUAAAUGGCAGACAUGGAGAAGAUCAGCCUUUUCAUGUAUGAAAAGUGCAGUUUUCAGUCACAAUGAAUAGUUAGAAUUUGAUGGUGGUGGCUAAGUAUUCAUGAAAAAGGUGACAUUUGUGAAUGGGCAGCAUGAAUUCUAGGAAGGAACUGCUAAAAAUAUUACACAGUGCCCCUUUAAAGCACAAAGAAUUCAGGCCCGUUGCUUACAGCGGAACUCUUGGAUUACAUGAAGGAUUACAAUCUUCAUAGACAAAGCAGUGAUGUUUUUGUACACAUUUCAAAUUCCUAAUUCUUAUAUAUACACUCUUGAUAUUCUUCCUUCUUGUGAACAAACGCUACAUCAAUUUUGUAUAUGAGCAAAGGUGCUUCAGGCCAUUUCAUGUUCAUGGGAGCAAAAGUGGGGAUAAGUCCCAGGCGGUGUAAUUAACAGGUGUGGAGGCGUUGACGACGUGCUUGGCUGUAGUAAUAUCUUACCGCGCAUGCGCAAAAAUAGCCACGCUGCUUAGCUACAUUAAAGUAGAUUUUGUCCGAGGUGGAAAGUCAUUAUAUUACCCCAAGAUGUGGACUUGACUGGACAAUAUUAGAUUUGGGACUUGUAGGACUUGUAGCCUAUGCUAUAGGACUUGACAGUCUUAGCUUGCAAUGCCUUGCAAUUGCAUGUCUAAAUAUAUUCCAUUUUCUGCAUUUGUAUGUGAAAAUAUUACAGGAAAAAAAUGCAAAUUUAAUGUUUUUUCCUUAGGCCUACUAUUUUUGUUGUCAAUAAUGUGACUGGCAAAGGGGGACAUGCAUAGCAAUGUGGAGAGGCAAUGAAUUUAUGACCAAAAGUACUUAAAGUACUUAUAAACCCCAACUCCGGUGAAGUUGGGACGUUUGGUAAACAGUGAAUAAAAUCAAAAUGCUAUCAUUUUCAAAACAUUCAAUCUAUUCAUUAGAUGGAGAAUAGUGAAAAGACAACAUAUUAAGUGUUAAAACCGAGAAAAAAUAUUGUUUUGGGGGACAUAUGUACUCAUUUCUAAUUUGAUAAAUGCAACACAUCUCAAAUAAGUUGGGACGGGGAUCAGUGAAAUUUAGUAAACAUUCAAAUAAGAUAAAACAACAAAGAAGAACAUUUCAAAAUGAAUUGUACUGACGGACAAUAUAGGUGUCCAGGUAUAAGAUCAUCACAGAGAGGCUGAGUCACUCAGAAUUAAAGAUGCAAAGGGAAUAAUUACCAUAGUUAUUACAUACAUUUUUAAUUCCCUUUGAUUUACCACGAUUGAGUGUAUAUAAGACAUAUUU